CAUAGGGCUGUAUGACAAGUGUUCUUAUACCUCACGUGACCGAGGAUGGGUCGUGGGCAUUCACACCAUCAGUGACCAAGGCAACAGAGACCCACGCUACUUUUUCUCCUUGAAGACAGACCGGGCCCGGCAAGUGACCACCAUCAAUGCCCACCAAAGCUACCUCCCUGGCCAGUGGGUAUUCCUAGCUGCCACCUACGAUGGGCGGCUGAUGAAGCUCUAUGUGAAUGGUGCCCAGGUGGCAACCUCUGGGGAUCAGGUGGGUGGCAUAUUCAGCCCAUUGACUCAGAAGUGUAAAGUGCUCAUGUUGGGGGGCAGCACCCUGAAUCACAACUACCGGGGCUACAUUGAGCGCUUCAGUCUGUGGAAGGUGGCCAGGACCCAGCGGGAGGUCCUGCUGGACAUGGAAACCCAUGGCCUCCACACGCCUCUACCUCAGCUCCUCCUACAGGAGAACUGGGACAAUGUGAAGCGCACCUGGUCCCCCAUGAAGGACGGCCACAGCCCCCAGGUGGAGUUCAGCGGUGCCCACAGCUUCUUGCUGGACACCACUUUGGAGCCCCCUCUGUGCGGGCAGACGUUGUGCGACAACGCACAAGUCAUUGCCAGCUACAACCAGCUGCCGCGCUUCCGCCGGCCCAAGGUGGUGCGCUACCGCGUCGUCAACCUCCAUGACGAUGGCCACGAGAACCCCACGGUGAGCCGCCAGCAAAUCGAGCUCCAGCACCAGCAGCUGGCCGAGGCCUUCCAGCCCUACAACAUCUCCUGGGAGCUGGAGGUGCUAGAGGUGAGCAACUCCUCCCUGCGCCACCGCCUCAUCCUGGCCAACUGUGACAUCAGCAAGAUCGGGGAUGAGAACUGUGACCCCGAAUGCAACCACACGCUGACCGGCCACGACGGUGGGGACUGCCGCCACCUGCGCCACCCUGCCUUCAUGAAGAAGCAGCAGAAUGGGGUGUGUGACAUGGACUGUAACUACGAACGGUUCAACUUCGACGGCGGGGAGUGCUGUGACCCUGACAUCACAGAUGUCACCCAGACAUGCUUCGAUCCUGACUCUCCACACAGAGCGUACUUGGAUGUUAAUGAACUGAAGAACAUUCUUAGACUGGAUGGAACUACACACCUCAAUAUCUUCUUUGCAAACUCCUCGGAGGAGGAAUUGGCAGGAGUAGCCACUUGGCCAUGGGACAAGGAGGCCCUAAUGCCCUUAGGUGGCAUCGUCCUGAACCCAUCUGUCUAUGAAAAGCUGUUCCUGGGCACACCCACACCAUGAUCCACGAGAUCGGGCACAGCCUGGGCCUCUAUCACAUCUUUCGAGGCAUCUCAGAAAUACAGUCUUGCAGUGACCCCUGCAUGGAGACCGAGCCCUCCUUUGAGACCGGAGACCUCUGCAGUGACACCAACCCAGCCCCAAAAUACAAGUUCUGCGGUGACCCAGGGCCAGGAAAUGACACCUGUGGCUUUCACAGCUUCUUCGACACUCCUUACAACAACUUCAUGAGCUAUGCAGACGACGACUGCACCGACUCCUUCACGCCCAAUCAAGUCGCCAGAAUGCACUGCUACCUGGACCUGGUGUACCAGGGCUGGCAGCCCUCCAAGAAGCCGGCGCCGGUCGCCCUGGCUCCCCAGAUUGUGGGCCACACGACUGACUCCGUGACGCUGGAGUGGUUUCCACCCAUCGAUGGCCACUUCUUUGAAAGAGAAUUGGGAUCAGCAUGUGACCUUUGCCUGGAAGGGAGGAUCCUGGUGCAGUAUGCCUUCAACGCCUCCUCCCCGAUGCCCUGUGGCCCAUCCGGACACUGGAGUCCGCGGGAAGCAGAAGGCCAUCCAGAUGUUGAACAACCCUGUAAGUCCAGUGUCCGCACCUGGAGCCCCAAUUCAGCUGUCAACCCACACACGGUCCCGCCAGCCUGCCCUGAGCCACAAGGCUGCUACCUUGAACUGGAAUUUCACUAUCCUUUGGUUCCUGAGUCUCUGACGGUCUGGGUGACCUUUGUCUCCACUGACUGGGACUCUAGUGGGGCUGUCAAUGACAUCAAACUGUUGACAACCACGGGGAAGAACAUCUCCUUGGGCCCUCAGAACGUAUUCUGCGAUGUUCCACUGACCAUCAAACUCCGGGAUGUGGGCGAGGAGGUAUAUGGCAUUCAGAUCUACACGUUGGAUGAGCACCUGGAGAUUGAUGCUGCCAUGUUGACCUCCAUUGCAGACAGCCCACUCUGCCUAGCAUGUAAGCCCCUGCAGUACAAAGUGGUCCGGGACCCUCCUCUCCAGGUGGACGUGGCCUCCAUCCUGCAUCUCAAUAGAAGAUUCACAGACAUGGACCUCAGUCUUGGCAGUGUGUACCAGUACUGGGUCAUCACCAUUUCCGGAGGUGAGGAAGGCGAGCCAUCGCCUGCUGCUGUAUACACCCAUGGAAGUGGGUACUGUGGCGACGGCAUCAUCCAGAAAGGCCAAGGUGAAGAAUGCGAUGACAUGAAUAAGAUCAAUGGUGAUGGCUGCUCCCUGUUCUGCCAACAGGAAGUUUCCUUCAAUUGCAUUGAUGAACCCAGCCGGUGCUAUUUCCACGAUGGUGAUGGGGUAUGUGAGGAGUUUGAACAAAAAACCAGCAUCAAGGACUGUGGUGUCUACACGCCCCAAGGGUUCCUAGAUCAGUGGGCAUCCAAUGCUUCAGUUUCCCAUCAAGACCAGCAAUGCCCAGGCUGGGUCAUCAUUGGCCAGCCGGCAGCAUCCCAGGUGUGUCGGACCAAGGUGAUUGAUCUCAGUGAAGGCAUCUCCCAACACGCCUGGUAUCCUUGCACCAUCAGCUACCCCUACUCCCAGCUGACCCAGACCACGUUCUGGCUCCGGGCAUACUUUUCUCAGCCAAUGGUUGCUGCAGCUGUUAUUGUCCACCUGGUGACCGAUGGGACCUACUAUGGGGACCAAAAGCAGGAAACCAUCAGCGUCCAGCUGCUUGACACCAAAGAGCAGAGCCACGAUCUAGGCCUCCACGUCCUGAGCUGCAGGAACAAUCCCCUGAUUAUCCCUGUGGUCCAUGACCUCAGCCAGCCCUUCUACCACAGCCAGGCGGUGCGAGUGAGCUUCAGCUCACCCCUGCUCGCCAUCUCGGGGGUGGCCCUCCGCUCCUUCGACGGCUUUGACCCUGUCACCCUGAGCAGCUGCCAGAGAGGGGAGACCUACAGCUCUGCUGAGCAGAGCUGCGUGCACUUCGCAUGUGAGGCCACUGACUGUCCGGAGCUGGCCGUGGAGAACGCCUCUCUUAACUGCUCCAGCAGCGACCGCUAUCAUGGUGCCCAGUGCACUGUGAGCUGCCGGACGGGCUAUGUGCUCCAGAUACGGAGGGAUGAUGAGCUGAUCAAGAGCCAGAUGGGACCCAGUGUCACAGUGACCUGCACUGAGGGCAAGUGGAACAAGCAGGUGGCGUGUGAGCCCGUGGACUGUGGCGUCCCAGACCAACAUCACGUCUAUGCUGCCUCCUUCUCCUGCCUCGAGGGCACCACCUUUGGCAGCAAAUGCUCCUUCCAGUGUCGCCACCCAGCGCAGUUGAAAGGCAACAACAGCCUCCUGACCUGCAUGGAGGACGGGCUGUGGUCUUUCCCGGAGGCCCUGUGCGAGCUCAUGUGUCUGGCUCCGCCCCCGGUGCCCAAUGCAGACCUGCAGACCGCCAGGUGCCGAGAGAACAAGCACAAGGUGGGCUCUUUCUGCAAGUACAAGUGCAAGCCUGGAUACCACGUGCCCGGCGCCUCUCGGAAGUCAAAGAAGCGCGCCUUCAAGACUCAGUGUACCCAAGAUGGCAGCUGGCAGGAGGGAGCCUGUGUUCCUGUGACAUGUGACCCGCCUCCACCGAAGUUCCACGGGCUCUACCAGUGCACAGAUGGCUUCCAGUUCAACAGCGAGUGCCGGAUCAGGUGUGAAGACAGUGAUGCCGCCCAGGGCCGGGGGAGCAACGUCAUCCACUGCCGGAAAGACGGGACCUGGAGCGGCUCCUUCCACCUCUGCCAGGAGAUGCAAGGCCAGUGCUCGGCCCCGAACCAGCUCAACAGCAACCUCAAACUGCAGUGUCCUGAAGGCUACGCCAUAGGGUCCGAGUGUGCCACCUCCUGCCUGGACCACAACAGCGAGCCCAUUAUCCUGCCCACGAACGUGACUAUCCGUGAUAUCCCUCACUGGCUGAACCCCACGCGGGUGCAGAGAGUCGUCUGCACGGCUGGCCUCAAGUGGUACCCUCACCCUGCUGUGAUCCACUGUGUCAAAGGCUGUGAGCCCUUCAUGGGAGACAAUUACUGUGAUGCCAUUAACAACAGAGCCUUCUGCAACUACGACGGUGGGGACUGCUGCACGUCCACGGUGAAGACCAAAAAGGUCACUCCCUUCCCUAUGUCCUGUGACCUACAAGGCGACUGUGCUUGUCGGGACCCCCAGGCCCGAGAACACAGCCGGAAAGACCUCCGCGGAUACAGCCACGGCUAAGGAAGGACAAGGAGUUAAGAAUUCCCAGCGCCAGGACCCGCAUCCCUUUGGUAUUGAUUUCACAGUGAGCUGCUCCACGGAAUGGCCUCUCCACACCAGGGAUCCUUAGCAUCCAACCGGUCUGCCUUUAAUUUCACCCAGGAAGGACUCAUAGUGGGGGCGCACGAAGCAAGUCUCGCCAUGUUAUGUAAUGGCAUGGAAUCCCACCCCACAGUCUUAGAUGGAUCACAUGCACAGCAUGCAGUCCCAGAGCCUCCUAAAACUCUAACCAUUUGUCACAUGACCGCAGCGAGGAACAUGCUCUGUGCCCAGGAAUGUGCACAUCUGUGGUUAGUACACAUGCAUGCAUACACACCCAUACAAACAUCUGUGUGAGGGCAGUUUUGGAGACUGAGCAGAGAGAGACUGGAACAAAGUCAAUCUUUCCUUUCCCAAGCUCCCAGCCAACACUGUCCUUGGGAGAAAGAGUUGCAGAAACUGCUAAGGCCGAGUAUUGAGAUGCCAAGAUAGUUCACACCCUGAGGCCUAGAAUAUGUAGGACGUGUGCAGUGGUACAGUCCUUCGGGAUCGAAAGUGAAAUGGUCUCUGAUCACCUACCUUCUAGGAAAGUAGGGCCCAGGGAGAAAGAAUCCAAAGUGUACGAAGCCCCCUGAUUUUUCCCGCUGCCAUGGGGGACUUACCCCAAUUCCAGGGUUUAAGGCCAAGCUGGAAAUGGCUUAAGAUUGCAAUGUCAAGGUAUUAUAAGAGCCCCCUGCUUGAGGCAUGAGGCCAUAAUAUCCCUCCGGAACCCAUCCAUUCCCCAAAUCUUGCCUUGGGACCACAUUUGCUGCUACUUUUCCUGCUGCUCUAUCCUAUACAUUGAGUAACCCAAGAUGAUAGGACUAGGUUAGGAAAAACCCCACACAACCAAACAGUCUGCCUUAAACGUGACCCACAUUUCCCCAUAGCUCCUCACUCCCUAGUCCUCCUGCAAGAGAAACCCCUCCUUGGCCCCCCAUGGAGAGAAGCGUGGUCCUCUGUGGGUGGGCUUCUUACCCUGGAAGGGAGUCGGAACCCUCAGCGAGAGUGCAGAAUGUCUAAGCCAGUGUUAGAUUUUAUAAUCAAGUGGAACAGUGUUAUGUUUCUGUGAUGCUAGAGUCAUCCGGGGACUGUUAGAGUUGUAAGGACUCUUGAGUUAUGCUUCUUCACCGAGCCUUCCUGCCCGUCUAGGCUACAGCAGGCUUUGGUCCUGAGGACCUCGAGGUGGCCCUGAGCAGCUAGCCUCCUGUAAUAGAGAAUCAUCUUGGAUGUGAUCAGUCUCGACUGUGUUCCAGGGGCCAUCAGAGGGAAGUCCAAGGAUGCCAGCCUCGGUCCCCAGCACCCAGAAUGGUCAUGAUGUUUCCCAUAGUCUUCCAUCUGCCAGUGCUCCCGUCCACACCUGGGGGUGGGCAACCCUUCUGUCUCCCCCACAUUCCACCUCCAAAAGUGCAGAGUAAGUCAGACCCCCGCAGGAUCCCCCCCCCCAUUUGGGGCCCUCUUUGCCUCAUUUCAGCCAGUUUCCAUCCACUCCUUUUGAGGAAUAUGAGGAGAAAUGAAUACAGAAAAAGGUGGAGAGAAUGGUUAAGUUUGACAUAAUUUCUGACACCUGGAACUGAGAAAGUGAGGCGAUGGGAAGGUCUAAAUCAGACAUAGCCCAUAAAGAUUGCUAUAAAUCAAGUCCUCUCAAGUUUAGAGAAGACAACCAACAAAAACAGUCUAGCAUGGGAGUGGAACAUGCCAAGCAUGUGCACUGAUCCACUCAUCCCUGCUUCUGAGGCAGGCAUUGCUAGUUACAGCGCUUUCUCCCAUGGGACCAACAAGAACUUCAGAAAGCUCCUUUAUCACUCCCGACGGCAAUUGCCUACUGAUCAAGGAUGCUUGAAAAGACAUUUAUUGGCCAUCAUCUGUGGUCUGUGAUAUUAAAAAAAUAUAUAUCAAGGUGCUUUUUGCACAGGUGCCCACAAAUAAGGAUACAGUGCUUAUAAUUUUGUGUGGUUCGCACUACAUUACCAACUCUGAGACGGAGUUCCAGAGUGGAGAGGCUGCCACCAUUGCUAAGGCCAGGCUCAAAUCCUUUAUGUUUCUUCCUUACAAAUUCCUAUUUUCAUUCAGGGCAUUUUUUUCUAUAAUUACCAGGGCCAAUUAUUAGCAAACUAAUAAUUAUAAUAGAAGACUUCAUCCCGUUCUGUACGCCUCUCCAGUGUCUAAGAGCUCUUUCCAACUCUCAAGGCCCCUCUCUUGCUCUGAGUUAUCACCCCGUGUGGUAUUAGGUUGAAGAUAUGAACUAAGAAAAAUAACAUUGUUAUGACACCAGUACGUAAUGCAAAAAGCCUUGGAGACCCCAAGACAACAUGACUGAUGGACCUUACCAGCUUCCCUUAAAUGGACCCCCGUCCUCUUUCUUCCUUUCCCUCUCCCCCUUAUCUGUCCCCACCUUCUCCAGCUGAGUGGUGUUUCCUGAAGGCGGACGUCUAUCUCCAGAUGGAGUUGAGCCCUCUGAGCAAACUUCCACCUGGUCGGUCUCCUUACCAUCAUUCAAAACCUGUCACUCGCAAAUUCCCUUUUGCCAAGGCCAUUGAGCAAGAGAGGCUACUGGAUUGGUGGCCGGCCUCGUGCCCACAUGGGAGGUGUAACCAAUAGGCCCUCCUCCCACCUUGGUGGAGUUGGGUCUGCUCUAUCCAUGCAGUGCACUGACACCCAAUUUCAUUUUCUUUCUGGGAAUAAACUGAUCGUCUCAUCUUCCCAUCAUCUCCUGUUUAGGAAAAGGGAGUACCAGGAGGAAGCCCUGUUGUCUGUCAGCACUUGGGGGUCCUGUGUCUAUAGAAAGAUUAGCCUGUUAGCAGCAAGGAAGGAGAUGAGGUAGACAGCUCUCCAAGCCCUCUCUUGGGAAGCCUUAUUAAGCCACAACCCUGCCUGCCUGCCUGCCCAGAGGACUUGUAUUACCCCACCCCCACUGCCACCCCCACCCCAGAUUCGGUGCCAACCACCUCUUAGGGGAAGACCGUCCUUGAGAAGCCUGUUUCGGUGGCUGAUGGGUGUGAUGGAUGGGAGAGACCAGUGUUCAUGGAGAGCAGGGCUUUGAGGAUGGAGGGUCUCAGCUGCUGCUCCUGGCUGCAGCGGGUUGCGUCACUGCCUAGACAGUGCUCUUGGUCUCGGUCCCACCUGGCCAAUGCAUAAAUGCUGUUUGUGGAAAAUGAUUCUUUGAGACAGAUUUCAGCUACCUCCCUUCCAGGUGUGAGUUAACUUGGUUGCAACUGUCCAUUUGUUAUAGGUCUUACCUGUGUUAGAGAGAAGGAAGGAAAGGAAGGAGGGAAGAAAGGAAACCAUAUUUUCAAGUGAUCAGUUUUGAGGUUUUGGGUGGUGUGAUUUUUUUCUGGAACUACUUCAAGUGCAGAAUAUAAAUUGAUGGUGACAAAACUGUACAGAUAGAAAUUAAUAGAAGACAAGGAGAUUAAAAGGAAAUACAUAUGCAUGAUUAAAAAUAAGAUUUUUUUUAAAAAAACACACAACUAUUUUUGUGCUUCCUAAAGAAAUUUGUUUUUUUCUACAGACUGAGUAGGUAGACACAAGCAU